CUCUGCUUUGAGGCCAAAAUGACCCACCUAAGUGAUAUGACAUAUUUGCAAAGAUGCCCUAUUUGGUUCUGCAUCUCUGUUUAUUUAACCUAUAGCAUAUACAGAGGAGAUAGAUUUAGAUGUCUAAGAUUAAAAUCAAUACUUGCUGGUGAAUUGAAAUCGAUCAUCACUGUUUUAUUAAUACUGAUGCUAACGUUACAAUUUAUGUGGGACAUUCUACUGGCCUAUCUAAAAUACCAGGAAGGAUAUUUCAACUAUCAUGGAACUAUCAUAACAAAACCUUUUAUUCUCUGGACUCCUUCUCAUCAACAAAAAGCGGAGGCGUUUGAUUAUGUCCAAUGCGUCACUUUCUCAAUAGAAGCAGGCAUUUUCUUACUUCUUCAAUCAUUUUGGAACUAUCUCUCAAAUGUCGUGGCUAAAAAGACAUUUAUGAGUUCAUUCGAAUUUAGGUUUUAUAUUGUUUGGGCAUUAGUCAGUGUCGCUACCUAUCCUAUUCUUCAAUGGGCAUUUAGAGAUGAUCCUAUCAAAAGAGAGGCUAUUCCACAACUCACCUAUUCUUGUGAAGCACUUCUUGUGGCAUGCUUGGGCGUACGUACCCAUUUCCGUUUUAAGCGAUUGAUUGGGAUAACUCAAAAGAACAAUGCGAGUGGGCGUAAAAAUAUUAUAAUCAAGCUAUCUUACUUCAAGGAUAUGAAUAGGCUUAUGACAGUCAUACUCUUCAUCUAUAGUAUUGGCUUCAUCAUUCUUUGUGUUGAUGGAUUAUUGCCUAACCCAGUGAUCAAUCAGAACAAGUUUGCUAUAGAUGCGAUCAUGGCAAAUACAAAUGUAUGCACGGUUUACCUCUUGAUUAUUCUUAUAUCCAUUUUCCAUCCACGUGCUCAGUAUGCUAGUCGCAACGCGGAUGAGUCCACCCAUGAUGACUCGAGUAUGCAGUAUGCAGGAAAGGCAUUAGAAUUGACAACCAACAAUAGUACUAUUGCUCGGCAAGCUCCAAGUCCCGGAUACUCUCAAUCUAUAUCUAGUAAUGUGGUUAGCGGUCCAGGGCCAUUCUCAUCUCAGAUGCAUCAACCACGCAAUAUAGCUGUAGAGGAUCCUUAUACAAACAAACCUGUCAUGUUUUCUAUGGUCGACCUUCCUCCAAUUAAGCAACAAUCUAUUCAGCAGAAGAUGGCUUUUCAACCAAUUACUACAGGACACAUCCAUCAUGAUAGUGUCAGUAGUCGACACGAAACCUCUUCUCCAGUCUCAAGCAUGCGGCAUCCCUAUGAUAAUAGCUCAUAUAUUCACAAUGAACAGCGAACUAUCUCACCCUAUCGUCCAUCAUGGGAAAGGCAAGAGAGCGAUAUGUACAGACCAUUAACAAAUACAUCCGAAAUACCGUUAAAUCAAUCAAAAGACGAUUCUAUCCGUGAUUGGCUCUGGCAGCCUCCUGAAAGAAGAAAUACCUAAUCUUUUUAAUCGUGUGCUUUUAGCACCUAUAUAUUCUUACUACGCUUAUUUGCUGGUCAUAAUAAAAUAUUCAUAAUAUUUACAAGUAUUAGUG